AUGGACCUGCUCAUCACGCAGGAGCUGGCCCGCGCGGAGAGCCAGCAGGACGCCGCCUCCCUGAAGAGGGCCUACGAGUUGAUUAAGUCCGCCAACUUGGGGAAAUCCGAGUUUGACCCCACGGAGAGCUUCAGCCCCGACCUGUUCGUCCUGUGCGCCGAACAGGCCCUGAAGAUGGGGCUGCCCGAGGUCAGCGAGGACUGCAUCCAGAUGUACUUCAAGGUGAAGGGGCCAGUCACCCAGUUCAUGGGCCGGGCGCACCUGUGCAGGGCCCAGCUGUGCGCCCCCACGUCCACGGAAAAUCUGGAGGAGUUUGAAAAUUGUGUGACUCAGUACAUGAAGGUGAUCAACUUUGCAAAAGGAGAACCCAGGUAUUACUUCUUGGUCUAUAAUGCAUCGGUCCUCUACUGGAGAAUGCUGAGGCCCUUUCUCAAGCCUGGCUAUUACCACUACCUGAUCUCCAGCCUCUCCCAAAUCGUGAGCGUGUUAAAUCAGACCGAGGAGGAGGACAAGGACUGGCAGGCAGAGCUGAUGCUGGAGCUUCUGGAGUGUUACCUACAAGCUGGGAGAAGAGAGGAGGCCGCGAAGUUUUGUGUCACCACAGCGCCGUUCAUAAAAGCUCACGCGCCGCACAGAUACCGACAGAUGUUUUCUGUGAUGGUACGACAUGAACUGAUGGACGAGCUUCACUUAGUGGAAGAAAAGAAGACUUCCGUCAGCCUGUCCGUCACUUUCCACAUUAACAAGCUGAAAGGAAAAUUGGAUAAACAUCAUAUACCUGAAGACGCCAACAAAGUUCUGAAGAACACCUAUAAGCAGCUGAGUCACUAUAAUCACCAGCGCUUCCCUUCCAUCCGAGAGGAGAAAAUCGUCCUGCUUUUUGAAUUAGCUUAUCUUGCUUUGACCUUGAAAUGUGAGAACAUUUCCUCCAGCUGCCUCGCAGACUUGAAGAAAAUGGACAGCAAAGAUCCUGGGAAGCUGAUCGAAAUCGAAUGCCUGGAGUACGAAUUAGAAGCUUUGAGACUCGAGAAUAAAAUGAAAAUCUACGUCCGCGCAGCUGUGGAGACCCAGCUGAAUUUAAUACAGAGGCUGGACAUUGUGCUGCAGCGAGCCAUCCGCCUGGGCGACCCCCAGAUCAUCCAGGUGGUGUGCACCACCCAGUGGAACCUGUGUCUCCCUCUGCUGCAGCACAACCUGCGGCACCACCUGCGGAAGCCGCUGACCAGCAUCGCGGACAUCCUGGAGAAGGUGGACAGCCUCAUGGUCCUGCUCCGCUGCCAAGUGCACAUGGAGAUGGCCUGCAUCGAGGAGGAUGAGGAUCGGCUAGAGCCCGCCAUGGAGCACCUGCAGAAGGCUCUGCUGCUGGACAGCCAGGGCCUCUACCAGGAGAAGCUCAAGAUGGCCUUCAACCGGCUGCACCUCUGCUCCAUGCUGUACCAGUCCCCCCGCCGUGCGGAGGACAAGGCCAUCAUGGCCAUCGAGCAGGCUAAGAAAGCUAUCCCCAAGGACAGUGUCCGGAAGAAGCGGGCCCUCCUGGUGAAUGCAGGCCUGGCCCUGGCCCCCGACACCUUCCAGAUAGUGCUCGACAGCGAGAACGAGGCCAAAGUUUCCACCGGGAGAAUCCGGGGCCGGUUCACCGCCCUGUUCUCGAAGGCACGGCACCACACCAUCAGUGUGGACAAGGCUGCCGGGCAUCUGCGGCGUCUGGGGAACAAUAAUGACAAGGAACGAGUACAGAUUUGGGCAGAGCUCGCCAAGGUGGCCCGGAAGCAAGGCGUGUGGGACGUUUGCCGGACGGCCAGCCGCUUCUGCCUCCUGUACGACAGCGUCAAGGUGAAGAAGCUGUCCCGGGGGAAGAGAGGAAGGAAGAAGCGGGCCGGGGAGAGCUGGGGGUCGGACAGCAAGGCCCAUUCGCAGGUCUUGCUGCCGCGGCCCGGGUCCCCCAGCCUGCUGCGGAAGUUCGCGGAGGUGGGCUUCAUCAGUGCCGAGGCCACCGUCCACUUGCUGCAGUCAGAAGGUGUGGAGCUGAACAACUGUCCCAACCCCCCCGAGGACUCGAGCCAGCACCCAGCAGGCUACAUUCUCGAGGCCCCCGAGGACAACUCGGAGUGGAUCACGUACAGGACCUGGAUCGAGAGUCUGUCGCAGUACGCCAUGCACAACUGGCUGCGGUCUGCCGAGAUCGGACAGGAGAUUCAGGAAGCCUGGAUCGUGCAGAACGCCGUGGUCUACGUCCUGAACCACAACCACCAUCUCAUCAUGGCUGGGAGGCAGAAGGAGCUGGUGGACGCCCUGUACCACCUCCUGAGCAUCGUCAAGACCACUGGCCACAACGGUGACUCUGUCAUGCUGGUGAUGCUCUGCAAUGCGCUGGCUCGCGGCCUGAUCAUCAGCUGGAUCCCAACCCAGACGCCAGAAAAAGCUAGAAAACUCGUGAAACCAAACCCGUUGCACACACCACUGGACGCGGGGGCCACCUCUGAAGUCAGAACCGCGGUGGAGGUCUGUGAGUUUGCCCUGAACCUGACCAAUGGAUCGGUGCCGGAGGAGGCCGUGCCCACCAAGGCCCGGCAGCAGCUCAUCGCCACCUGGGUGAAGGCCAAACAGCUGCUGCAGCACCAGAUCGGGUCGAGGCUGGGCACGGAGGAGCAGAGCACCAAUGAAGACAUCAACUCCGUGACCAGAGUCCUUGUCGCCCUGGAGAUGUACUCCUGCAACGGGCUGGGCCUCAUGGACUUCACCGUGCCCCCGUUGGCCCAGCUGCUGGCGAUGGCCUCCGAGUGCACCUGGGCGGACCCCCUGGUGGAGCUGCAGACACUCACCCGCCUCAGCCACUUUGCCUGCACAGCCCGCGACCAUGAGCUCACCAUGGCGUGCUCGCACAAGGCCGUCCAGACGGGCGUCAAGUACCUGAAGACGUUAGAUCCGGUCCAGGCUCAGCUGGCGGCGGAAAUGCUGAGCACCAGUGCCUGCAUCCAGGGCAGGAGCAUCAUGGAGAACCUGAAGGGGCAGAAGCAGCUGCGCCUGGCGGCCACCAAGGCCUUCAUAGAGGGCGUGAGGUUUGGGGGCAUCUCGAAGAACAGCGCCCUGGUGAUGCUGGCCACGCGGCACUACUGGAACACUGAGCUCCCACUACUGUCCUCAGCAGCCAACAGGAAGAAAUCCAAGGGCACCAUUCAGAACAUCAUCACCAUCAUCAACAAGACAGAGGCCAAAAAGCAGGAAAAGGAAGUGCAGCUUCUGCACCAGUGGCCGACUGCGGACUUCCAGAGCGGAGGGGCCUCCGAGGGCAGCUUCCUCCCAGAGGCCGAGGACGACCUGUCCCUGCGAGCCGCGCUCUAUGGGAUGCUGUUCCACUGCCACGCCGACCAGGACGACUGGGAGGGCGGCCUGAAGGUGCUGGACGAGGCUGUGCAGGUGCUGCCUCGGACGGCGCACCGCCUCUUAAUUUUCAAGCACAUGGUCAUUGUGAAGGCCAAACUUGGCCAGAACUUCACAAUGGAGAUACAGAAAUUCAAAGACGAGAGUGAGGAAUACCUGGCACACAUGUGGCACCGCCUGGCCUUGAACUCAAAGAAUGUCUACGGGGAGCUGACCUGCUACCAGAACGCAAUCCAAGCCUUGCAGAAACCAGAGAGCGAGUGGCACAAAGUGGACUACAUCAUGGAGUUCGGCGAGUGGCUGUACUACAAGCAGUUCCCCAUCGACGACGUGGCCUUCCACCUGAGCUGGGCGAUCGACAUCCUUCUGGGGAUGAAACCUGCCCGGGACGCCCCUGAGCCCGCAGGCGCCCACCACUGUGGCCCCCGUCUUUCAGGAGAGCAGGCGCCCACGCAGGCAGCCCCAGAGAGUCCGGGCUCGGAGGACACGGAGACCGUCUCCUUGGAGAAGCUGUGGAACGUGAGGCAGUUGGAGGCGCUGGCCCGUGCCCACAUCCUGCUGGCCCUGAUGGCGUCCCCAAGUGCCGCCAGCUACCAGGACCACUGCCUCAUGGCCUUCGCCUUCCUCCGGCGGAUCUGGCAGGUUUCUUUAUUAACAGCAGGAAAAUACAUUUCGGAAAGUAAAAUCCUAGCAUCAGCCAGUUCGCAUUUAUUGUUGAAAAAGGACAAGGAGAAGGUCAGGGACAAGGACAGAGAGAAGAGCAAAGACCCGAAGCAGGGUCAGGCCUCCGUGUCCAGCAAAGAGCCGGAAGAUGUCCCAUCAAGUGUGGAGGCCUGGGCCUCCUAUUUCUGCCCGGAGGAGGUGACAUCCAUGUUCAGACAGGACAAGAGUGACUUCACCGUGAACGUGUGCAGCAUCCAGAGGCCGAUGUACACUUUAUAUUAUCUGGACCAGUUGGUCAAGGCCCUGCAGAAGAUGUCCCUUCAUGAGCUCACGAUACCGGUCCUGCAGUUGGGCGCCCUGAUCUCGGCUUGCGUGGUGGACAGCAAGAGCCUCAAAGACCUCUACCACCUUCGACUUGUCCUGGUCUGCUCCGACCUGAAGUUGAGGGGAGCAGCGGCUGCCCACGAGGACGCGGUGGGGCAGGUCUACAUCGGGGACAUGGAGCAGGCCAGCUGCAGAAAAGAAAUUGCCUUGAGAAAGGAGAAAAACAGGGAACCACUGUUGAAAGAAAGUCUGCAGACACCGAGUGAGCCCCAGGCUGCUGUGACGCCGGCAGAGACGAGGCCCCUCGUGGCGAAGGACCAGAUCCUGAAGAUGGAUGCAGAGACCGGCAGAGGCCUGGACGGCACGUCCUUCCCCCAGCUGUGGGCCCUCAAGGCAGAAGUGCUGCUGGAGAUGGACCUGUACCAGCCCGCGAGGCUGCUGCUGUCGGAGGCCUGCCAGGCCUUCCAGGAACUUGGUGAUCCUUGUGCAGAAUCCAACUGCCUGCACCUCCUGGCACAGUUGGCUAAUAAGGAGAAAAACUUCAGCCAGGCCAAGAAGAUGGUGGAGCGCGCGCAGAGCCUGGGCGGCGGGGAGGAGUUCUGGUACCGGUCCACGCUGACCCUGGCGGACACGCUCCUGUCCAUGGAGAAGGAAGGGAGAGAGAUGCUGGUCUGCCAGCUGUUUCAGAAGCUCAUCGAGGUCUUCAAGGUGCUCAGGAGAGAAAGACCGAACCGAGCGCCCUUGCUGGAGUUCAUGACCACAGACCUGGAAGCCAGGUGCUUGAACCUCCGGACACAAGUGGCCCAGGAGACAGUUGGCAGUGAACCUUCUCAGUUCCCGUCUUUGCUGAGCGAGCUGGAUGGCUGCUUGCAGGAGGUCGAGGGGAAGUUUACCGGCUGUGGCUACAGAGAGAAGUGCGUGGACGUGAAACUCCAGCGGGCGAAGAUAAAGAGGUUGUGUGCCCAGAGUGAGCCAGACGAGGAGCAAAGGACCGCCUACUACCUGGAGGCCCACGGCCUGGCCCAGCGAGCCGUGGCUGAGGAGGAGGAGCUGUUCCGCCAGGUCCAGAGCCUCCUUUCCCUGCAGGAUCUACAGAACGUCAACACGCCUCUAAUGAGGAAGCUGGCGCGCCUCAAACUGAACCUGGUGGAGGUGUCCCUGGACAUGAUGCAGCUCAUCUGGGAGGAGGACCUGGAGCAGGAGCUCAGGCACAGCUCCACGGACAAGCUGCUGGCCAGAUACCUGCAAAGCACCAGCGACUUCACCGCCGUCGGCUUGAAACGGUUCACCCUGAAGCGGACCCUGGCCCACGUUGCGCUGGCACAGCUGGAGAGCCUGCAGCCGCUGAGCACCAGCUGCGUGGAGAUCCGUGCUCAGCUCCUGGGCCUGGUGGGGAAGGCCUUGCACCUGCUGGCUGUGCGGGUGGACCCUGUGCGCCCUGCUUUCUACUGGGAGGAGAGCCUCCUGGUGGGAGCAGAGCUGAGCAGCCUCAAGUGUCUGGAGGUGAUCCCCGAGGACGAGGACAGUGAGGGCCACAGCAGCAGCCAGCUGGCCUCCAAGGCAGCCUCCGAGGAGCGCAGAAGGAAAGGCUUAGACCUGAAGAGGAGGAAGGCGCUGGCCCAGCAGUACCUGGCCCAGGCAUCCGAGGUGCUGCUGCAGUGCCUGCAGGUCGCCCUGGGCAACAGCCUCCUGAAGGUUGCGGAGGCUGCCAGCCUGGAGAUGGUCGAGUGCAUUGGCAUCCUGGACCCCGUGGCCACCUGCCAGUUCCUGGCGCUGUCUCAGAGCUGUGCAGUCUCAGAGACGAUGCGGGGCGUCCUCCUUGCAGCCACGGCCAACACCAGCAGCUCCCAGCUGGCGGCCCUGCUGCAGCUCCAGAACAGGCUGAGGCACUCGGAGCGGAACCCCACCAGCCUGUUUGCCACCGUGGAGCAGAGGCUGGCUGCCAUCUCCAAGGCUUGGCAGAAUCUCUGGGUCACUGAACAACAUUUUAACCUCUUGAAUGAGAUUCCGCCCAGUUUCCGGAUCCUCCUUCUGCACCACUCACCUGACAGGACCCAUCUGUAUGGUGCUGUCUACGAGAGACCCAAGUUCAUCCCCACAGCCAAAGGGAAGCCCGUCCAAGUGGGGGACUCCUGCAGGGUGGCGCGGGUGGCCGUGAACCCGGCUGCCUUCUCCGGCCUGUUGAUCAGCACCCAGCAGUUCCGGGAGCAGACCCAGGCAGAGGUGUGCGGCGAGGGCCCGGCCCUGAGCCCAGGCCUGGAAUCAGAAGGCGGGCGCCCUGAAAAGCAGGGGCACCCUCUCCCGAGACUCAGUGACGUCCUGAAGGCCGCGGAGGAGUACCUGCGCCCGAUGCUCACGCUGCUUCACCGCUCUGAGCCCAGAACCCAGAUGUCCUCGGUGCUGGCAGAUGUGGGGAAACCGAAGGGGAAAGACAAGGAAAGGAAGCUCUGCUGGCCUUCUCCCGCCACAGUGGAGCCCGAGGCUGCCGACAGCGUGGUCCUCAUCGUGGACAGGCAACUCCUGGAGCUGCCCCUGGAAGGCCUGUCAGUGUUCACGGGAGGGACCGUCUCCUCGGUGUCUCGGGAUUUCUCCCUCCAGAUGCUGUUCAAUCGUCUGCACCAGGAGGAGGCAGCAGAUGGGGCCACAAAAAGGGACACCAAAGGCAAGGAGUCCAAGAAGAAGGGCCCAGGGAGGAGGGGCCGGAAGCGCAGCGCACCCCGGGUCAUCCCCCCCGACUGCAUCAUCAUCGACUCGGAUAACUUCAAGUUCAUUGUGGACCCCUAUGAGGAGGCCCAGGGCCCAGAAAUGCUGACUCCUAUCGCCGUGACCCAGGAGAUUCUGGAUAAAUUCAAAGAAACCUUCACCGCGCGCUGGGUGGGGCAUCUGGGGAAGAAGCCCUUCCCAAGCCAGGCCGCUUGGGAGCAGCUCCUGGGCAGCUGUGAAGGCUGCUUCUUCUACGGGAUGGAGAGCUUCCUGCUGCAUGUGUCAGUGGAGAGGUUGGCGGCCAUGAACUUGGAAGACUGCCAGCUGAUGGUCCUGCUGGGCCUGAGCCGGUCCUACGAGAGCAUGCGGCGGAUGAUGGAGUCCUUGGAGCACAAGAGUGCACCCCAGCUGUCCUUGGAGGAGCCCGUUGAAACGGCCAUCCUGCUGAGCCUGGUGGGAGUCAGGAGCAUCCUGGCAAACCAGUGGCUGACACCCCUGCAGGACAACGCGCUGCGGGCCAGCCUCCUGUGGGAGAACCUGCUGACAGUUGGCAAGUCAACCGGGAGAGUGGUUCGUCUCCUUCAGAAGAUGGAUGUCGAUGACAUGGUCAGCCACGACGAGUCUCCAGGGACCUCCAAGAACAGGCUGAUGCUCCGGCCACAGCUUCGGGGCCCUGAGCAGCUCUCCUUCAGCCUCAACCUGGUCCUGUAUGGGCUGCCGAACCAGGUCAUCGCGUGA